CAGGUGCUGUGUUCGCUACCAGAAGCCCCUGCUGGAGUCGGGCACUCAGGGCACCAAGGGGCACACACAGGUCAAAGUGCCCUUCUCGACUGAGUCUUACGGACAGGACCAGGGAGGAACACAGAAUGCCUUCUCCAUAUGCACACUGAAGAACUUCCCACACCCUGCAGUGGGCCAGAGACGAGUUUGAAGGGUUUUUCAAACAGACGGCUGAACAUGUGAACCAGUACCAGCAACCACCCAUAUGGACUACAUUGUAGCAUCGGCUAACCUGUUUGCCCAGACCUACGAUAUCGAGAAGACCCGAGACUUAGGGGAAAUCACCAGGACACUCCAAGCGGUCAGCGUGCCAGACUUCACCCCUCGGUCCAGCAUGUGGAUCCACACCACUGAUGAGAAGAUGCAGGAUGACAAGGAAGGAGUGGACAACAACGAGCUGGAGGUCAAACUGGCAUCUUCACAGAGCUUUGACGUGUCCAGUAUGAACCCAUUUGAAAAGGUCUCAGAGCUGGAGUAUACUCUUUGGCAUCAUUUCCCCAUCCAGGGCUUUAAGCCUGAUGGAGAGGAGAUGACUGUAACUGACCUCCUGGAUCACUUCAAGAUUGCGGGUUUUACAGAAGCAUUUGGGACAAGUCUCUACACGUGCUACCAGCAUCUCGGCUACCAGCAUUUCUGUAAUUUGACCCCCUUUACCAUAGCAAACCAGGAGCUUUCUAAGUGUCGCUCCUGA